ACCAAUCAGCGCCGUCUUGUUUCGAUAAAACCCGCAUGGCGCGAUCAAUGCGUUACACUCAGUCUUUAUCAGUGACUAAACAUGGCAAGAACCAAGCAGACAGCGCGUAAGUCCACCGGCGGCAAAGCCCCCAGGAAACAGUUGGCCACCAAGGCCGCCCGUAAGAGUGCCCCGGCCACCGGCGGCGUCAAGAAGCCCCACCGUUACAGGCCCGGCACGGUGGCUCUCCGCGAGAUCCGCCGCUACCAGAAGUCCACGGAGCUUCUCAUCCGCAAGUUGCCCUUCCAGCGUCUGGUCAGGGAGAUUGCUCAGGACUUCAAGACCGACCUGCGCUUCCAGAGCUCGGCCGUCAUGGCUCUCCAGGAGUCCAGCGAGGCGUAUUUGGUCGGCUUGUUCGAGGACACCAACCUGUGCAUAAUAGUGAUUAUGUCUGGAAGAGGCAAAGGAGGCAAGGGGCUCGGCAAAGGCGGUGCCAAGCGUCACCGCAAAGUCCUCCGUGAUAACAUCCAGGGCAUCACUAAGCCUGCUAUCCGCCGCUUGGCUCGCCGCGGCGGAGUCAAACGCAUCUCCGGCUUGAUCUACGAGGAGACCCGCGGCGUGCUGAAAGUAUUCCUGGAAAAUGUCAUCCGUGACGCCGUGACUUACACCGAGCAUGCCAAGAGAAAGACGGUGACCGCCAUGGAUGUGGUGUACGCGCUCAAGAGGCAAGGUCGCACUCUGUACGGCUUUGGCGGUUAA